AUGGGCACCUCCUUGAAUAUGACCGCAGCUCAUGCUGAGAGGCAGAUAGCCUUGGGUGCCACCGAUGAUGUCCAAGGCACUCGCAUCGUCUAUACCCUUGCUGCUGUUGCUCUUGCUGCUACCGUCCUAAGCCGAUUUGAGGGAGGACGCAAAAUCCUUGAGCGUGUCUACUGGUUUCUCAAUAGCCUACUCGGCGGAGCCCCUCGCACCAUCUCCAUCCCCGGGCCUCGCGGUCUCCCCAUUAUGGGAAACCUGAUCCAGAUGCAAAAUAGUCAUAUCCAAAUGAUGGCCGAAUGGACCAAGAAGUAUGGUGAUGUGGUCCGUCUCUCCCUCGGUGAGCGCGAGGCCGUUUUAAUCAACAGCCACAGGGCCCUCGCUCAGACGAUCGUGCAGCAGGGUCCCGCCUAUCAGUCGCGUCCAACAUUGAAGCACUUCCACGGCGACUCUGUAUCUUCUGGUAUUUGGACGGUUGGCACUUCGCCCUACAGUAACCGCCUCGUUCGCACCCGCAAAGCGCUUUCAUCUCAGAUCGCUCCUCGUCUCCUCCCUACCUACACCCCCGUCAUUCACCCCAAGCUCAAGAAGCUCCUUGGUGACGUCCUGGAGAUAAGCCAGGGCCCGGCAGUCGACAUGGCCGACAGGCUUCACCGUUUUGGUACUGGACAGGUCUCUGAGCAGCUCGUGGGCCAAGCCCUUGACGAUGACCUUGUGGGAAAGAUUGCAGAGAAUGAGAUCAAUAUCUUUCGUCAACGCACCAUCGGCUCGCCCCUUGGUGACUAUAUCGCUCCCUGGCGGAUGGCCCUGUCGACCCGCUAUAUGAUCGGCCGGAUUCUCGGUAUUAAGUCGUGGGCUCUGGAUAAGAAGGCGGAGAAAACCAGCGAGUACCGCAAUUUGCAGCAGGAAUAUCUCAACAAGAUGAUGGGCAACCUGAAGGACCGCAUCUCAGCCGGUGACGAGACUCCCUCUAUUCUCGGCAACAUCCUCCGUCAGAACCUUUUGACUGAAGAAGAGGUUCACCUGGCUUCCUAUACCGGCAUCGCUGCUGGCGUCAACGUUGGUUACUCUCUCACUUGGACCAUCGGCUAUCUGGCCAACCGGCCUGAUCUCCAGCAGAACGGCUACGAUGCCAUUCGUGAGGUAUAUGGCAGCGAACCCCCCAAGCCGCACGAAUUCGAUCGUGUCGAAUACGUCAAGGCUCUGCACACCGAGGGCUCUCGUGUCUUCACGCCCGUUCGUCUCGGUUUCCCGCGCGAGACUCUCAAUGGUGCCAGUUAUCAGGGUCACAGCAUCCCCAAGGAUACGAUCGUCAUCAUGAAUCUAUUCGCCUGCAACCACGACCCCAUCGCCUUCGACCACCCGGACGAAUACCUCCCCGAGCGGUGGCUGAACGGCCGCAAAGGCCGCACCGAUCUGUUCGCCGAGGGAGGCGACAAGCUGGGUGUUCCACACUUGACCUACGGUGCUGGUCGCCGUGUCUGUCCCGGAAUCGACAUGGCCAACCGCAGUCUCUACUCGACCCUCGUCCUCCUCCUGCACUUCUUCACCUGGGAGCGCCAGCCCCUCGGCGAGGAAGAGAAGAAGCUCGUCUUCCCGCCGUUCCGCGCUGAGCGCGAGUGCUCGCUGGAAAUGAACGCCGUCACCGAUACUGCGACCCCCACGGAGACGCAGGCUGUUCCAUGGUCGGUCGGUAUCAAAUUCCACUGCCGCGAUCCCAAGGGGCUUCGCGCGUGGCUUGAGUCGUCGGAGCACUGA